AUGUUACGCGCUACAAGCCUGCGAGCGUCUGUACGGGCCAUGACUCCGGCGUCUGCCCGCUUUCCGCUUCUCAAAAUGACCACUUUGGCCGUUUUUACACGGCCUUUCAGUGUUUCCCGAUUCCAACACAACGAGGCGCCCAAAGGCCCACCUGUGGCCUCCAAGACGGCUGCCAUCAAGACAGACAAGCCUGCGAUGAUGAUCGCAUUCACCUGUAAAAAGUGCAACACGCGUUCAUCGCACACCAUGUCGAAACAGGCGUACACGAAGGGCACGGUUCUAAUCCAGUGUCCGGGCUGUAAGAGCAGACAUCUGAUUGCAGACCAUCUCAAAAUUUUCUCGGACUCGAGCAUCACUGUGCAGGAUAUCUUGGGCGCGAAGGGCGAGUCCGUGGCGCUGACCACGGACGAUCUGGCGUUUGAAGAUAUCCCAGAAAAACUACGCGACACGAUCGGCCACCACGCCAAGGACGCUCCGAAAAAGACGCAGCAAAAGCACAACGCAGACGCGCACACCGCACACGCCUUGCCUGCCAACAACAAUCACCAGCACUAG